AAUCAGCUGUCUGUGCUAGAGGCCGUACAUACAUGUGAUGUAGUGUUUGUUUAUAUCAAGGACUAUAUUCUUCUCAGAUUAUCAACUAGCAACAGUGGAACAUCACUUAGACAUGACUGUCCAGAAACGAGUGAUGCAGGGUGCUCUGUGGUCAGUCCAACGUUACAGCUGUCUGAUGUCCAGGCUGUAUUCAACAAGGAAGACUUUACCUGUCCUGACCCUGUAUACCAAAGAGGUGUGUCCACUGUGUGAUGAAGCUAAGGAAGUUUUAAUGCCAUACAAACACAGGUUUCAUUUGGAAGAGGUGGAUAUCACAAAACCAGACAACAAGCAGUGGUUCAGGCAGUACCGAUACGACAUUCCAGUCUUCCACUUCAACAGCCAGUUUCUCAUGAAGCACAGAGUAGAUAUACAAGCUUUGGAGGGAGCCCUACAGAAAUGGGAGGAGGAGGACUCAGCAUGAUACUGUACGACAUGUAGCUUAGUUUCACCAGAACUUGUAUAACAUGUUGUAAUGUAUCAAUGAAGGUUAGACAUCCAGGUAAUAAGAUACACAAGAAAACAGUUACUCAAGCAACUGGGAGAUUUUGAAAACUAUCAAAUGUUUCUUUCAAGCAGUAUCCAUUACUUUUCUGUGACCAGUUGCUUGUUUUCCUGUGCAUGUUUGUAACAUUUGGAGGAAAUGGAACCAAUUCUUUUAUCUGCUAAUCCUUUAUCUGGUAAGGUAUAUGAUUGCCUCAAGUAGUUUUAUGCCAUAACAACAAAUUAUUUUUGAUUUAUUUUGGAAUUAAUUUUGAAUCGAGAAUCUAUGGCCUUAAUUCUGUUAUAAAAUGUCCUUAUCCAGGGCUAGACUAAUAUCUAGAGUGUGAGAUGAAGUUAUUUCAUGUUGAUUGUUGUUCAAGGUUUUGUGUUUCCCUUUGAUUUUCCUCUUCUAAUUGUCAUUUUCCAUAACGUUCCCUGGCCCUAUCAUAUCAGUACAAAAAAUGUUGGCCAAAAGUCCUUAAAAAAGUCAAAUGGAAGUCAUCAAUAAACUCACACAUUAGCUAUAUUUGUUUUCCAUUUUACCAACAGUUGUUGUAACAGUGAGUUGGUUAUACUGAAUUUUCAGUGAACGACGGCUUCUGCUGUGCUCUGUCGUUGAAAAAAGAUAUCUUAUUCUUCAUUCAUUUUAGCCUGUAAGGGGGCCAACUUACAUCAGGCCUUUCCAAGCAUGUACAUAUAACAUCACGUCUUCGGGAAACAAAGUACUAGUCAAGGACCUGCGUAAAGGCUGUCAUACAAAAUUGUCACGUAGUGAAAAUGAACAACCACAAGUCAUCACAAAACAUUAGUCUGUACACACAUAUACGUGGCUCCUGCAGACUGAUUACUCCUUCAAUUUCUAUCUCAGAAGACUUUUCAAACACUCAGGAGAAAAAAGAUGCAGAUCU